AUGUCAGGCAAAGAAGUCAAAGGUGUGAGGAACCCAGGGUCCGAGCCCACACUGGGGAUGGACCCCUACGCGGACACCCUGCGGCGGCUGCGGGAGGCCUUCAGCACAGGGCGGACGAGGCCGGCUGAGUUCAGGGCGGCGCAGCUCAAGGGCCUCCGCCGCUUCCUGCAGGAAAACAAGCAGCUUCUGCAGGAGGUGUUGGCACAGGACCUGCACAAGUCAGUCUUUGACGCAGACGUAUCCGAGUUCAUCAUAUGCCAGAACGAGGUCGACCUGGCGCUCCAGAAGCUACACACCUGGAUGAAGGAGGAGUACGUGGCCAAGAGCCUGGUCUUGUCGCUGGACUCAGCCUUCAUCCGGAAGGAGCGCUUGGGCCUGGUGCUCAUCAUCGCCCCCUGGAACUACCCGGUGCACCUGACCCUGGUGCCGCUAGUGGGCGCCCUCGCUGCAGGCAACUGCAUGGUGCUGAAGCGAUCAGAAUUAAGUAAGGGCACAGAGAAGGUCCUGGCUGAGGUCCUGCCUCGAUACCUGGACCAGAGCUGCUUUGCCGUGGUGCUGGGAGGGCCCCAGGAGACCGGGCAGCUGCUGGAGCACAAGUUCGACCACAUCUUCUUCACUGGGAGCCCCCGUGUGGGCAGGAUCGUCACGGCUGCCGCCGCCAAGCACCUGACGCCCGUCACGCUGGAGCUGGGGGGCAAGAACCCCUGCUACGUGGACGACGACUGCGACCCCCAGACCGUGGCCAACCGCGUGGCCUUUUUCCGCCACUUCAACAGCGGCCAGACCUGCGUGGCCCCCGACUACGUCCUGUGCAGCCCGGACACGCAGGAGCGGCUGCUGCCCGCCCUGCAGAGCGCCAUCACCCGCUUCUACGGCGACGACCCCCAGAGCUCCCCGAGCCUGGGCCGCAUCAUCAGCGACAAGCACUUCCAGAGGUUCCGGGGCCUGCUGGGCUGCGGCCGCGUGGCCAUCGGCGGCCAGAGCACGACAGACGACAGCGAGCGCUACAUCGCCCCCACGGUGCUGGUGGACGUGCAGGAGACGGAGCCGGUGAUGCAGGAGGAGAUCUUCGGCCCCAUCCUGCCCAUCAUGAACGUGAGGAGCCUGGACGAGGCCAUCGACUUCAUCAACCAUGGGGAGAAGCCCCUGGCCCUGUAUGCCUUCUCCAACAGCAAGCAGGUAGUGACCCAGAUGCUGGAUCGGACCAGCAGCGGCAUUUUCAGAGGCAACCAAGGUUUCGCUCACAUGUCUCUGCCUUCCCUGCCGCUGGGGGGCGUCGGUAACAGUGGCAUGGGAAGAUACCAUGGCAAGUUCUCCUUCGACACCUUCUCCCACCACCGCGCCAGUCUGCUCUCCCCCUCCGGCCUGGAAAAGCUCCAUGAAUUCCGCUAUCCACCCUACACCAACCUCAGGCAGCAGCUGAUAGGCUGGGCCUUAGGCUCCCACAGCUGCACCCUUCUGUGA